CAUACAAGAUACAUUGUAAGAUAACUGUGUCCUUUUGAAGUAAUUAUGGCAAUGCACGCGAAGACUUAUUUAUUAAUCCUAUUUUUGAUGCAUAAUACUAGAGAAUCGUACUGAAAUUCACAGUUAAAAGGAUGUCUUGACUUGAUGAGCAACUGUAGUGCUGCCAAAUACGUUACGUUUGCCUGGAAAAACUAGCACAAGUAAACGUAGAAGAAUAGUGCGAAGCACUGAGGGAAGUACGAAAAGCGAGUUUCCUGAGUAUUGGUUACGUUCGGGGCAAAAGACCUUGAAUGCUGCUCUGCGUUUGCGGAAGAUCGAAAACAAAGCCAAAAAUGUUAUAAUGUUCCUUGGAGAUGGCAUGGGAAUCACGACCAUAACAGCUAUGAGGAUUUACAAAGGCCAAAAGCAUAACAGAACUGGGGAAGAUGAACUUCUGGUCUUUGAUGAAUUUCCUUUUGUAUCCCUGUCAAAAACUUACGGAGUUGACAGGCAGACAUCAGACUCUGCUAAUACGGCUACAGCGUAUUUGUGUGGAGUAAAAGCCAAUUAUGGCACAAUAGGUGUAGACGGCCGGGUGCAAUACCAGAAUUGCUCAUCAUCUUUAGAUAAAACUAGUCACGUUUCAUCCAUUCUACAGUGGGCUCAAGAAGAAGGAAAAUGGACAGGUGUGGUGACGACUACUCGCGUGACACAUGCUACUCCGGCUGGGACAUACGCACACACUGCUUCUCGAGAUUGGGAAUCGGCUACACCAGACCCUCAAUGCAAGGAUAUCGCUGAUCAGCUAGUAAAUGAACUUCCUGGGAAGGAUAUAAGAGUUAUACUUGGAGGGGGCAUUAGGCAUUUUAUACCAUUCACUGAAAAGGAUGCAGAUGGUAUGAAUGGCUUCAGAACCGAUUCGAGAAAUCUUAUCAAUGAGUGGAAAGACGAUAAAACAACUAGAAAUGCCAAGUGGAAGACUGCAUUUGACAAGAAGAACCUCCGGGACCUCAAAGCUGAAGAAGUAGACUAUUUUUUAGGACUUUUUCAUUCUGAUCACCUCCCCUAUGUUGCCGACAGACCUGCACUCAACAAAGAGUAUCCGUCAUUAGCAGAAAUGACAGAAGCUGCCAUCAAAGUACUCAGCAGGAGUCCUAAUGGUUUCUUUCUUCUAGUAGAAGGUGGCAGCAUCGAUUUGGCUCAUCACAUGAAUUUUGCAUUGAAGGCCUUGGAAGAAGGUUAUGAAUUCGAUAAGGCCAUCCAAACUGCUCUUCGUUUAACAAACCAGGAAGAUACAUUGAUUGUUGUCACCGCCGAUCACUCACACACUUUCACAGUUGGAGGAGAUUAUCCUAUGCGAGGGAACAAUAUCCUAGGCAUCGGUGGUGUGUCUGAUGUCGAUAAUAAGACGUUUACGACGCUUGGCUAUCACAACGGCCCAGGUUACAAACCUGAUGCUCGAAGUCGGAAUUUAACAGAGGAAGAAGCAAUCAAGAAAGAUUUCCAGCAAGAUUCUGCCUUUCCAAUGCAAUACGAAACUCAUGGAGCAGAAGACGUAGCCGUGUACGCCAAGGGACCCAUGGCCCAUCUCUUUCAUGGCGUUCAUGAGCAAUCCUAUAUACCCUACGUAAUGGGGUAUGCCUCUUGUAUUGGACCAAAUCAGGAUUUGUGUAGCAGUGCGUGGUCUUAUUUAAUAACCGACCAGUGGACAGCUUUCCUAAGAUUCGCUACCGUGGGACUAACCACCUAUGUCUUCAAUCUUCAAUCCUUGCAUUGAUGUAUUUGAGUGGCUAUGUUUCUUAAAAUGUCUUUUUACGUCACUUUUGCAACACUCAGUCAUUUACAUUAGUAGUAUUUCAGUCUAUAAGCACCUUUUCCACUUAAAGUUGAAUCAUCUUUUCCAUCAGCAUUCAUCUCCUCCAUUUUAGACUAUGGCACAUUUACAAAGGCAGCAGCUGUUUCCUUUUUUUUUUUUUUUUUUCUUUUUCCCCCCACUGUAACUGAAAAACAAAGUUUUUGAUACUUUGCCUAGUUCUUGUUUUCUAAACUAAUAAUAUUCUGCUCCUUUUUGAAGAAAACUUUAUUUCAUUAAUGAUAAUAAUACUGUGCUGAGUUAUCCUGAAACCUGAGAAAUGCAGUACAUAUAUUUUAUGUAUUUGUUUCAUGAUUGGCAUGACAUUGUUUCUAUCGCCUCAUUAACACUUUGUAAUUGUGUUUGCUUACAAGAUGUAAUUAAAAUGAUUUGACUUGAAAAAAGUCCUUUUUAAUUUAUCAGUACUCUAGUAUAUUGGCAUUUUUGUGGCUUUAAUACAAUGCCAGAUGAAUAAAAUUAAUUAUAUUAAUUCACAGCUAGUGGCUAAAAUAUUUUCUCACUUCUUCAUAAAUCUGGUUCUUCAAAAAAUUAGAUUUUAGGAAUCUGUGAAUCUUCUUCUGUUCCUUGAAAUCUGCACCCACAUAUCCGUACAUAUAUAAUAUAUAUUUAUGUAUAGGUAUAUACAGGGAGAGAGAGAGAGAGAUGUGUGUAUAUAUAUAUAUAUAUAUAUAUUCGAGAAAACAAAUGGUUAGGGACUUUCAUAGGAAAGAAAUUGUAAACUUUCAUUUAAGCUGCAACUUUUCCUAUUCUUUUAUAGAUAUGUAUAUAUAUUUUGUCUAUAUACACACAUACACCCCACACACAUACAUAUACAAAUACAUAUUAUACAAAACUCUAUAAUGUUUACAAAUUCAGAAUUUUUCUCUGCUUUUUUUUUAAAUGAUUGAUACGAAUAUCUGGAAAUUUUUAUGCUUACAACAUAAAAGUGUAUCAAGGCUCCUAUUUCAAAUAAAAAAUAGAAUUUUUAAAUGUCUAUAAAAACAUUUAUGACACGUAAAAACAUAAAUAACAUACAGCAACAUUAUUUUGUAUCAAUUAACAUGUAAGCUAUGCCAAAUUUGCAAACAUUUAAUGUUUUCUAAUGUCUCUGAACUUUUGGUAUUAUAUAAUGCAUUACAUACAGGAGUAUUUAUAUAAUGCAGUAUGCAUUGUAUAAAGAGUUAUCUUGAAUGUCUUAAAUUAAAGAUUUUGCGUUGGAGCUUUUAUAUUUUGGCUUUUUGGUUGAAGUAAAUGAGAAAUAAUUCCUUUUGAUGAUAGUAUAAGCAAUACUGAUCACCAACAAAGCUCAUAUUAUAUUCCUUGAAUCCUCAAGGUAUGAAUUAAGAAGGUCGCUCACUAGAGAUUUGUAGCGAAUAUUUAAAAUCCUAAAGAAUUUUUAUGGACAGUAUACAUCAAUUUCAUGUAAGAGAAAAUAUUUCUGAAGUGCAAAUGAAGAGUUUUUAUUAUUUAAAGUAACUUAAAAUAAUUUGUAAUUACAUGUUGCAAUAUGCAUUUCAUUUUAUCUAAUAAAUCAUUCUGUUGUAAAAUACUUUUUGUGUUUAAAUAAACUGAUUUUUAAUUGGA